CAACUUGUUUUCCCAAAAAGAAAGCAAUUAUUUCUCAAACUGGGAACUUCCCUUUGCCCUUUUGUUCCUUCACGUGGACUAGAUUCGCCCUUUGCCUCGUGAAAUAAAAUCCACAGCUCACUUUCCUUUCUGUUCUUCUGCGGCAACGAAACCAAACAACGAUUAUAAUUCCUUCGCCUUCCCCAAAUGAGUCAGUGUGUUCCUAGCUGGGAUUUGGAUGAAAAUCCGACAGCCCCCAGAGUCUCUCUUCGUUCAAAUCCCAACUCCACAGCUCCUGAUGUUCCCAUGUUAGACUACGAAGUUGCGGAGCUGACAUGGGAAAAUGGACAGCUUUCCAUGCAUGGUUUGGGUCUGCCAAGGGUACCGGAGAAACCCAACUCCGCCGCCGGCAACGCCGCCAGGUCGGCAGCCCCUUCUUCCAAGUCCACUUGGGACAAGCCUCGUGCGAGUGGCACCUUGGAGUCCAUAGUUAACCAAGCCACUCGGUUUCCCCACCGCAGCAAAUCCGUCUUCGACGUCGGCGCCACUCAGGGAGAUGACUUAGUGCCGUGGUUUGAACCCCAGAGAGCGGCGGCGGCUGCGGCUGCAAUGGCUAACGCGGCGGCGGCGUCGAAUACGAUGACCAUGGAUGGCAUGGUGCCUUGUUCAAACCGUACGGACGAGCAGCAGACGACGCAGGUUAUGGACUCAGUGGCCGGUGGUGGUGGCGGCACGCUUAGCACGUGCGUGGUGGGCUGUUCCACACGUGUGGGGUCCUGUAGUGGCCCCACCAAUCAAGAGGACGAGGCGCUCUUGGCGGCGAAACGCGCCAGAGUGGCGCGUGUGCCGGUGGCUCCCGAGUGGAGUGGCAGAGAUCCAAGUGUGAGUGGAAGCGCCACGUUUGGAAGAGAAAGCCAGCACGUGACUUUGGACACGUGCGAGAAGGAAUUGGGAAUGGGUUUCAUUUCCACGUCGAUGGGUUCGCCGGAAAACACCAGCUCCGCCAAGCAGUGCACCAAAACAACCACCGCCGAUGACCACGAUUCUGUUGGCCAUAGCAGACCACAGAAUGAGACAGGUGAUGAAGGGGACGAAAAGAAAGGAAUAGGAAAAUCCCCAGUGUCCACUAAAAGAAGCAGGGCGGCAGCUAUCCACAACCAAUCUGAGAGGAAAAGGAGAGAUAAGAUAAACCAGAGGAUGAAGACAUUGCAAAAGCUGGUCCCAAAUUCCAGCAAGACAGAUAAAGCUUCAAUGCUGGAUGAGGUGAUAGAGUAUCUAAAGCAAUUGCAAGCACAAGUGCAAAUGAUGAGUAAAAUGAAUAUGUCAGCCAUGAUGUUACCAAUGGCCAUGCAACAGCAGCUUCAGAUGUCCAUGAUGCCUCCUCCCAUGGGCAUGGGCAUGGGUAUGGGUAUGGGCAUGGGCAUGGGUUUGGGCAUGAGAAUGGGCAUUGACAUGAAUGCCAUGGGUGGUGCUAAUAACAUUGCUGGCAUCCCUCCUGCUGCUGUCUUCCAUCAUCCUCAUUCAUUCAUGCCUAUGGCUUCAUGGGAUGCAUCAUCGCUUGGCUCUGAUCGACUCCAAGCAGCUCCACCAACUACAGUGAUGCCUGACCCAUUAUCCACAUUUUUCGCAGGCCAAUCACAGCCUAUGAACAUGGAUGCAUACAAUAGGAUGGUUGCCAUGUAUCAGCAGCUAUACCAACCCGCAGCUUCUACUUCCAAGAGCUGAUUAUUAGCUGCAAGCUUUUCCACCGUUUGUAAUCUGUUCUGAACUGUAUAGAGAAGAGGGGAUCUUCUCUGAUUAGCGGAAAAAUAUGUAUAAAAUGAAUAUUAUUUCAGCUUCAUUUGUUGCUUCUUUGUUUUUCUGAUAGGUGGAUGAUAAUGUUGAUUCCAUGUCUUCUGAUCUUAAUCAAAAGUUUCAUACUAAUUGCAACAAAUUUGUGUUUGUAUUUUUAUAUAUUUAUGUGAUAUAUUCAUAUCUUGUUCUCCCC